AUGAAUGAGAGAAAAAUACAUGUUAAUAAAGAUUCAAGUAUUCUGUUCAAAUGUACAACAAAUAAAUGUUCAGCAUCGAUUACCGUUGAUACAAGUAGUAAUAUGAUUCGAGAAAGUGGUAAAUAUGAUCAUGAAGCGAGAAUUAAAGAAAAAAUUCGAAAUGUCAUUCGAGGAAUGAAACGAAAACUGCAAGAAGAUCUAUCACGCCCAAUCCCGCAAGUAUAUGAAGAAGAAAGAGCCGAAGAAUUUAUAGAAAUAUCGAAAAAUAGUCCGAGGUAA